AGCGCGCGGUACGGAUCCAUUGGCAAUCGGCACUGCAUUUCGGGUCUUACGAUCGAAUUUCAACCAAGCAUGUACAAUCGAAAUCGUUCGUUCAAACAGUCCGGUUAAAUCUCUCCUUCGUUUACUAUCCGAUUUCCUUUUCGAUCGAGGAAGUACCAUAGAUUUUGUGGACGAUUCGUAAUUCGUCGUACCGAUACAUCGGCCGGAAGCGAAGCUUUCCUUGCUUACAGGAGUAAUUUUUCGUAUUUAGACGGUGACAGAAGCCGGAAGAAGAAAAAGAAGCAUGCAACGGUGACGCAAGAGCGUUUUAAAAUUUGCUUGAUGCUCAGUAUCAUUCUUAAUAUUUGAUUCGAAAACACACGCUCUUAUUACUUACGAAAGCUUUCGCGCACGAUCGGCUACUCUAUCAACGACAAGAUGAUGCUGAUCAAGAGCUUCUUCCGGAGGAUCAUCAAAGACUUCCGGCACAAGGAGUUGCUACCUCUUAAAAUGAUAUUCUUCGUUCAAGCAUCGACGCUCUAUGUACUUUAUCCAUAUCUGACGAUCCACAUGAGGGAACUCGGUAUAAACGUUGAGGAAACAGCUAUAAUGAGCGCGAUAACACCGGUAAUCGCGAUGGUGAUGCCACCCCUUGCAGGCAUGUUAGCCGAUCGCGUAGGAAAUUUCAAAAUUUUAUUAUCUCUAUUCUCAUCGUUCGGCGGUUUGGCGGCACUUUUAUUGCUGCUCGUCCCGAUUGCCAGGAUAACCGUGGAAUUUCCGAACAGGGUCGUUAUGGAUCUCGCAUGUACAGGGAACAACGGGUUGCUUUACACGAUGAGCGAAAAUCAUGGCUGCGAGACGAAACUGCAAGGAGAAAUUUCAACGAGGAUCGAGAGUUGCGGUUACACCUGUCGAUUCGAUAUUCAUAAUGAUACUGAUCCGCGGACAAUUGUGUUAUCGAGGAUGUACACCAUCAACCGAUACAAUUCCGAAACUGGUGCAUCCUCCUCGUUUAAGUUUUCCAUUGGUCCAAACGAAAUGCCACCGGAGAAAGAAGAAGAUAUCAGAGAACAUCGGAAGUUAAAGAACAACGAGUACUUCAAAACGUCGAUACGACAAUUGUCUCAGAACGAGUAUUUCUUUCCGUCGAAUCAAUUAUACGAAUUUUCUUGUACAGUAUCGGGAUUUAUCGAAGAUUUUGAAACGUCAACCUUAAACGCCGCUAUGUCAAACAGGAUCUAUGAAAAUCGUACACUUUGCGCCUUUAAUCCAAUUAUAGCGCACAAGGAUAACGUUAGCCUCGCCAUUAAUUAUUAUACCUACAAAUCGAAGCUAAAGAGCCUCGAAGCUACCGAAGAGGAUCGAAACGCAAAGAGGCAAAGAUAUUUCUCAGAAGAGAUAGCCUGGAGGGGAAGAAAAUUUCAGAAAAUCACUUGUGGAAAUCCUGAUUUAGAAAGCGAAAAAAUCACUCUCGAUUUACCGCUGUUUAAUUACUCCGUCAGUUCAGAUCCUUACAAGACAUUGAGCACUGAGAAUUGCAGCAAAAGGUGCAUCGUCACUGCACCUCGCAAAGAAAUGUGUUCGAAUAUGAAUACGGUUCUUGAAUACAACGUGGGAGUUACUUUUUGGAUGUAUUUUGCCAUUAGAGUAUUUAUUGGUGUUAUCGGUGGCACCACCUUUGCCAUGUUCGAGGGUGCAGUGAUCGCGAUAUUACGCGAACAGAAAGCUGAUUAUGGGCUUCAAAGGAUUUAUGGCAGCAUCGGUGGUAUGAUAUCAUCGCCGCUCUCUGGACUUCUCAUUGAUUAUGCAAGCACUGGCAAAGGCUAUACCGAUUUCAGACCAGCAUUUUAUUUGUACGCUGCUUUAAAACUGAUGUCAGGAUUGCUGAUGCUUGCUAUUAAUUUGGAAUUCAAAUCGCCAGCUACGAACGUAGUUAACGACGUUUUCACGGUUUUAAGGAACGUCGAGGUGGUAGCACUUUUUAUCGCCUGUUUCAUUCUUGGAACUGCUUGGGGAUACAUCGAAUCGUUCCUCUUUUGGUUGAUACAAGAUUUAGGAGGAUCAAGAUCGCUCAUGGGUAUCACCAUAACCGUAGGCGGUAUAGCUGGUAUACCAUUACUGGUACUAUCUGGUCCAAUCAUAUCAAAGAUCGGCCAUGCCAAUGUACUUUUUAUAGGCUUCGUUUUUUACGCCAUAAGACUUUGCGGUUAUUCUUUAAUAUACAAUCCAUGGCAUACUCUUAUUUUCGAGGCACUAGAGUCGGUAACAUUGUCGCUUAGUUUCACCGCUGCUGUCACUUAUGCGGCCAAAUUAUCUACCACCACUACUGACAGUUCUAUACAAGGAUUAUUAGGCGGAGUUUAUUACGGAGUUGGCAAGGGUUCAGGGAGUUUGAUAGGUGGUUACUCGAUGAAAGCAUUCGGGACGCGACCGACCUACAGAAUCUUCGCAGUGAUGACACUGAUCACCGGCAUAAUGUACUACAUUUUCAACGUCGCUUACUUGAAGAAACGUCCUCAAGUGGAAGGGAACGACAUCGUGAAAAAGAAACCGAAGAAAAUGGAAAAUCAAAAUGGCCUGGAAAGUGGAAUCAUAGAGAUAGGGCUAGAAGAACAAAAGCAUCAUCGAAACGACGAUGAAAAUAACGAAUCGAACAACCUAACUGGCAUCGACAACAAAGCCUUCUCCGAGGAACAAGAUAACAUGAAAGAUGAAGAAAAUAAGAGGAAGAGUAACAUGGAAGCUGUCAAUAACGCGAAGAAUCUUGAUAAAAUUGAAAAAGUGCCUGUUGAAGAGAGUAAAAAGAAAUUCGGAGCGAAAAGGUUGAAAAACGCGCAAACCGAUGAACGAGAAAGAACGAAAGAAGUUUUCAAACCGAAUGGUACCACGAAUCCAAGUUUUGAGAACGAUGAUCAAUGCAACGUGACUGUUGAGAGGCAACCGGAAGAAAAGAAAUGAACAUGUUCCUCCUGCGAUCUCGAUACCCCUCUCUUCCUUUUUUGAUUCAGUCUCACAAUCUAUGAAACUGAUUGAAGACAUUGCAGCAGCUGAUUAUAAUUUUUCGAAUAAUUUCAGACAAACAUUCAGUCUCUAUCUUCGUUCGAAUAAUUAUAAAAGGCACUUCGUAUUUCUCAACUUUUGGUCAAUCGAAUCUUCACAGAAAAUCGUUCAGGAUUAUUCUGAAUAAUAUCGUGCAUGUACUUCACCAUGUUAAAUAUCGAAUUAACGAUAUUGUACAUUUUCUUUUUUAAUUACUAUUCAAAAAUAUGUGUGUAAUAUUCCGUUUCUAGGCUUAAGAUAAAGUCAGAUUACUAUUUUAUACAUACUUUCUCGUAGAAUAGUGUAAAAUAAAUAUAAAUGAUACAUUUAGAAUUUAGAAAAUGUUUAACACAAAUAUGUUUGUUGCUGUUACUUGAACGUUAUAUAUAUAUAUAUUUCUUUAUCAGUUGAACAAUUUAAUAUAAAACUAACGAUAAUUAAUAAUUUAACGAUUGUUUAUAGUCUCGAAAAUUAUACAGGGUGUCUCACUUAAACGGAUACAGAGCUCUUAUUCCGUAACUAUUAAUGAUACAAAAAAUUGUUGAUAUGGAAAUUGCAUGGGAAAAGGGGGUUUAUGUUUUGGCCGAAGUGAAAAAUCUUUUGUAUUAUUAAUUUAAGAGAUAUGAUGGUCAAAUUUUAUUUUUUAAAUGGAACCAUAUAUUUUUUUUCAGAUCAUGUAAUAGUGCUUCUCAAGACGAAUUCCUUAAACUAUAAUGUAUACACUUGAUUUUAAUCAGUUUUCAAAAUAUAACGUUUAUAAAUUUUCCGAUUUUCAGUGGAUACGACACGGUUUGAGUGGCAAGUCGUAAAAGCGGCCCUAUUGUUGCGGUUUCUUAUUCUUUGGGUCUGCCGUUCCUAGCGUAGACCCCCACUGUGGCACUUACCGCUACAAUAAGGUCACUUUUACGACUUGCUACUCAAACCAAGACGUAUCUACUGAAAAUCGGAAAAUUUGUAAACGUU